AUGUCACUUCAGGAGAAGCGACAGGAGUACAAGUGUGGAGACUCAUAUGUGACAUUAGCUGAUAUUCCGCCCUGGUCAAAGAGUGCCAGAACCCGAGAGGGCCAGGACAUCUCCCCCACGUCAGCUAUUAAUGAGAAGAUAUCCAUCUUCCAGGGCGACAUCACCAAGUUGGAGAUUGACGCCAUUGUGAAUGCCGCGAACGCCCGACUAGCUGGAGGCGGAGGAGUCGACGGAUUCAUCCACCGAGGAGCCGGAGCAGUAGACCUUCAGGCGGAGUGCCAAUCGCUGGGUGGCUGUGAGACGGGCCAGUGCAAGAUGACCGGUGGCUACCGGUUGCCGGCAAAAUACAUCAUUCACUGUGUUGGUCCAAUUGGCGAGAAACCUGAGCUCCUCGCGUCUUGCUACAAGAACGCACUCGAUACCCUGAAGGCAGCAAAACUGCGAACCAUCGCAUUUCCCUGCAUUUCGACCGGCGUCUACGGGUACCCAAAUGAUAAUGCGGCUGAUGUAGUCCUGAAGACGGUGAAAACGUGGCUGGAAGAUUCUGCGAACCAGGCAGCGGUCGAUCGUAUCAUCUUCGCCCUCUUCCUCGACCGUGAUCUUGAGGCCUACAAGGAACGAUUGCCCCGCUACUUUCCACAGUAA